AUGUCGACACCGCAGAGUGGCGCCGCACCCCGCCGUGCGCCGAAUCCGCGGCGUCGUGCCGCCCCGCGCAACCGCAGCGCGAACUCGGCCGCAGACGACACGGAGCAGGUCAAGGCGCUCCGUGCAAAAUACACGAACCAGCUCGGCAUGCUCCAGGAGCUCUUUCCGGACUGGUCCGACGAAGACCUCUUGUUCGUGCUCAACGAAAGCGGCGGCGAAGUCGAGACGGCCGUCGGCCGCAUCAGCGAGGGCCACGCCGCGCAGUUCGCGUCGGUAAAGACUAAAAAGCAGACCCGCAAGGAGGCUGCCGCGGCUACCGUCGCCGCGCCGGCCGCCCCGGCGCCGGCCGCCGCUCCGCAGGAGCCCGCGGCACCGGCGCGCGCCCGCACCGCCGAGCGCAGCGCCCGUGGCCGUGGCGCACCGACGCAAUCUGCCCGCGCGGGCCGCGGCGGUUUCCGUGGCGUCGGCGGCCGCGGCGGCGCGGCGGGCGGCGGCCCGGUCGCGACGACCACCGACACGAAGCCGAUCACGACCACUGCACAGGCGUUCAACGUGAGCCAGCCGAGUGCGAAUAAGGAGCGUACACAGGAGAAGCCCAAGACGGGCAUGAGCUGGGCGCAGGUCGCGCGCCCGGUCGAGCCGAAGCCCGAGCCGCCCGCUGCGGUCGAGAGCGCCGCUGUGCCGAGCGCGCCGGCGCCGCAGUCCGCGCCGGAGCCUGCGAUCGACAGCGAGAUUACGCAGCCCGCACUCGUGGCGGCCGCCGCGCAGAUGGCGGCGCCCGAGGUGCCGGCGUCGGCGCCGGUGCAGGUGCAGCAGGCGCAGCAGCAGGCGCAGCACCAGCACCAGCACCAGCAGCACCAGCAGCACCAGCAGUACCAGCAGCAGCAGCAGGCCCCCCGUGCCCGUGGCCGCGCGCAAAACGCGCCUGUGGUCAUGCCUGGUGGUGCCUCGGCGCUCGACCGCCUUGGUGUGCAGUUUGGCUCUCUGAACUUUAUGGCGGGCGACGACGGUGAGCCGCUUGCUGCGGACGAGCCCGCGCCCCGUGCCGAGCGUUUCGAAGUGGACGGCAAGCGCGACGAGUCGUCGUUCCAGCAGCCGAACCUCGACGCGUUCAAGAGCAAUGCGUUUGGCGGCAACGGUGCGUACGGUCUCGGUGGCCGUCCCCAAGGCUUUGAGCAGGCGGAGGAGCUGCCUGCCACGGCCGCUGCGCAGGCCCCCCCGGCCGGCGCGUUUGCCUCGUCGUCGAUCUACAACACCCCCCUCGAGACGCAGCGCAACAACCUGCCGUACGGCAGUGCGAACACGGUCGGCUCUGCUGCGCUGCACCCCGUCCGUGCGGAUGAGCGUGCGUCGCCUGUGGCGGCGGCUGCCCCCCCGCCCCCCCCCGCGCUGCCCACGCAUCCCGAUGCGCAGGCGCAGCAGCCCUUCCCGAACGUGAUGCCCUACUACUACCCCUACUACAUGCCCAACCAGUUCCAGCACUAUGCUUCGCCUGCCGGAGGCUUUGGUCAGUACCAGGUGUACGGCGGGCAGCCGCAGCACCCCUCCAAACCCGAGCAGACGCCGCCUGCGAGCCUUGCGUCGGCCUACUCGCACCACGGUGCGCCUGUCGACACGAGCGCCGUGUACGGCACGCAGACGCCGCCGCCGCACUUCCAGCCGCACAAUGCAACCAGCGCAUCGUACGACUCGCAAGGCUUUGGCCAGCGCAUGCCCAACCUCGGCCACGCGAACAGCGACUUUAAGCUGCAAGGCAACGCCGAGGCGGACGCCGGCGGCCUGCCCGCGCUGACCAACUUUUUGACCGCGGGCCAGACCCCCCAGGGCUCCAUCCCCCCCCAGGCCCGCGGCAGCGCGCAAAACAGCACGGCGACCAACUCGAGCCCCCUCGACUACCGCUCCUUUGACGGCAAGUCGCCCGCGGGCGGUGCGAACCGUGCGCAGCCAGCCGCGCAGCCCGGCGCGGCACAGCCUGCGCCGCAGCAGCCGGCUCAGCAGCAGCAUCCCGCGUACUACCAGCAGUACGCGGGCAACUUUGGCCACCAAGGCAACGCGUACAACGGCUAUUCCUACGGCCGCCAGCAGCCCUACUGGGGAUAA